GUCUGCAAAACCUUUUUUCAGUUUUGUACACACAAGACGAUAAAAUGAACACAAUUUUCGUUAUAUUUUCCCUUUUACAUUUGAUCUCACCAGCUGUACUGAAUCAUGCAGGUUUUCAGGGACCAAAUAUUGAAACCCCAAACCGAUAUAAAUAUAUACUUUUGUCAGACAAUGGCAUUGAUGUUGGAAAUCCAGAAGCCGAUAGUAUUAAGUUCAAGGUUAAGGCCAGCAGCAAUGCACAUAUAGCUUUAAUGUCUUCAAAUACUGACCAAGAUCCUCUUUAUGAGAUAGUAUUGGGUGGUUGGGCUAACUCAAAGUCGGUCAUUCGUGACAGGAAACAAGGUACAGCAUUGGUAACGCAUCGUGGAAAAGUUCUAAAACAAAACGAAUAUAGAACAUUUUAUAUUCAAUGGACAAAUGGACAUAUUAGAGUGGAAGAUGAAUGGAAUAGGGAAUUUAUGGAAUGGAAUGAUACCUCAAACCCGUUAAAUAUCAGAAAUAUUGGAGUUUCUACAGGAUGGGGUUCAACUGGGUAUUGGUCAUUUGUAUAUCCAGGUACUAAGAUAUAUAAAAGCAUGUCAUUAAAAAAGCGGAAAUCCACUUUAAACACUGCAACGUUAGAAACUUCAAAAAGACAAGAGAAAAUGCAACCUCAACCUGCUCAAGUACCGGCAUCUAACAGUCUCUCAACUUCUGGAGUCUCAGUGUUGGCCCCUUCCUUAAAUACAACAAAUCAUACAGGACUUCAAGAAUCAGAAAACAACGUAUUUAGCAAGAAUACAGAAUUGAUAUUAUUCUCAUUACUGUCGACAUUACUUGUGAUUGUAACUUUUAUCUUGUGUUGUCUUUUUGUCCGAUACUAUCGACGAAAUCAAAUAAGUUCCCCAUUAUCUGAAAAUCAAGCUAAUAAAGUAAAUACCAAUGAACACGACGAGGAAAUCGAUAUAGCUUUGGAAAAAAAUAUCGACAAAAGAUUAUCGCAGCCGCGAAAUGAUCAAAUUGAAAAUCAUGGUAUGCGCGAUGACAAACAAAUGUCGAUGCCAACCUCAAUACAAACGAUACAAGAAAUUGUAGAACAACCGUUGGGUGAUGUCUCACUGCAAGAACUUGCAGAAACAGCAGCACAAGUGGUUAGAGAGACCCCCUUACAAGAGAUAAGAGAGACAAAACAACAAGUAUUAAGUGAGAACAACUAAUUAAUAUACGCUCUUCUUUAAGCAGUAAUUGUGUAUAUGACACAAACGAUGAAAAUCACGAAUCUAAGUUUCUGAAUACUUACCAAUCCCUGCAUAUAGAUGUUAUUAGUUGUAAUCAGCAUCCAUAUACGGACACAACUUUGAGCGUAAGGCAUAUGUAGGAAAUAAACCAAAUACCCUUCCACUGAUGCCUUUGCUUUUCUGAAAGUGCAAUAUCUGAACUGUAAUAAUAUAUAUGUAUCUAGACAUGUGACUAUGUGGAUUUAGAUCUAGUCGGAUAAAUCUUGAAAUGUUCGGCUAAUGGAACUGAAAUUUAGAAUCAUUAUGUCAUUUGAUUUUAUUGG